AUUUAUUUCAAAAUGCCAAUCCAGAAAAUCCCUGUAAAAAACUUUCAUGUUUCAUAAACCAUUCACAAUAUGAGCAAACAGAGCAGAUCAUCUAGAUCAUCUAGAGUUUCCUCGAAAAACUCGUCUCACCCCCUAUCGGUUGAAUUUUCAGACGAAUUGCUUUUGGAUAGCAUCGACGGUACCAGUCUAGAUCAGUCCAGGCAUGUGUGCGAAGUUCUUUAUUCUGAAGCAAUACAUGAAUCACCCAUUGAUAUCAAUAUUAGCAAAAUGAUUCGGGUUGAUAUUGCGCCAGAAUUAACUUGGAUGAACUUUGAGUCGAUACCAAGAAAGAUGAAAAUUACUAAUAAUGGACAUACUGUGAUUAUGAGUGGAAAAUGGGGACAAGAACGGCCCUACAUUUCUAACGGGGUACUCAAUGGAAAAUAUGUAUUUUCUCAAGUGCAUCUUCAUUGGGGUCAAACCGAUUUGGAAGGAAGCGAACAUACAAUAGAUGGCGGACACUAUCCGGGCGAAAUGCAUGUUGUGCUGUUUAAAAGCUGUUAUCUAACUCAGGAAUCCGCAUUGAAGGAGAAGGAUGGAAUUGCUAUUUUGGUUUAUUUUCUUCAGUUACAAGAUCCAUCGAAUGCAGAUUUUCAACCAAUAUCCAGAGCUUUGCCUGCAAUCGCUAAGGCUCAUACUUCGAUCAAAAUUCCUCCUAUGCAAUUGGAUAGUUUAUUCAAUCAGUUUGAGAGUGAUUAUUUUUUAUACAGAGGAUCAAUAACGACUAGUGAUUGUGUCCAUCACAUUCUUUGGUUGAUUACUCGGUGUCCCAUUGGAAUAUCUUCAGAACAAUCAGAUUCCUUGAGGUUUUUACUAGAUAAUGACGAUGAGCUUAUUAGAAGAAAUUUCCGUCCUGUUCAACCCAUUCAUGACCGGCACGUUUUUCAUAUUCUCCCUUCAACUUCAACAUUCUCGACUUUAUUACCUAUUCAAAUGAUCAAGGGUGACAAUAGUAGUGGUUCUGGUUAUACUCAAGUAUAUCAAUUACUUUUUGAAAAAAGUAAAGAAGGACAAAAGAAAAAGGAAAACAUAAAUGAGCAAGUAGAAUUAAUUUUCAAAAAUAGUAAAAAUAUAGAAGAGACUGAUGAAGAGAUUGUAACUCGUACUCUAUCACUUAUUUCCGAAUUGAGUCAAUGUAUAAACCUGAUUUAGAAAUGGGGAAAAAUAAUUAAAAACAAAUAUUUAUUUUACUUUUUUUUAUUCAAAUUAUCAGUUGUUAUAUAGUUAUAUAUUCAAUACAAUAAAAAAUCUUAUAUGAUCUUCAAUAAUUCCUCAUUCUUAUACAAUAGUUAAUGCUUCUAGUUUCUAGCGGCUAAUUCUACCUUUUUUAACUAAAAAUCACCAAGCUAUUUUUCUAUAUGAAAUGCUAAUCGAAACUUUUUCUGUGAGAUCUGGCAUAUAAAAUGUUAAGUUUCUUGUGGCUAGGCGGUGUCUGAAGUGGCCUGACGUUAUUUACAAUUUUAACUUUUUCGCAUGGCGUGGAUUUAAGUUCACGGAAGUGUGCC